UGGUUAUCGCGAGAGGCCCGCGAUCUCGUAGCUCCCCCUCCCUUCCCUCUGCCUCCCGGGCUCCGGCUGCAGCGUCAGCCUCGGUCCGGCCUUUGUAGCUGCCGCGGCCCCGAUCCCUCGGCUUCAGCCCCUGCGUCCCUUGGCGCCUCUCGGCCCCGAUCCGCAGCUCCGCCCAUCCUCGCCCCCCACCAGCGCCGGCCUAGGCCGCGGCCGCAGCCCCGCGCUCGCGUCGGCGCCGCCCGCUCCCGGCCCGCCCCCUAUGGGCCCCGGCUAGAGGCGCCGCCGCCGCCGGCCCUCGGAUCCCCGAUGCUGGCCCGGAGGAAGCCGGUGUUGCCGGCGCUCACCAUCAACCCCGCCAUCGCCGAGGGCCCGUCCCCCACCAGCGAGGGCGCCUCCGAAGCAAACUUGGUGGACCUGCAAAAGAAGCUAGAGGAGCUAGAACUUGACGAGCAGCAGAAGAAGCGGCUGGAAGCCUUCCUCACCCAGAAGGCCAAGGUCGGGGAGCUCAAGGACGAUGACUUUGAAAGGAUCUCGGAGCUGGGAGCCGGGAACGGUGGGGUGGUCACCAAGGUCCAGCACAGACCCUCGGGCCUCAUCAUGGCAAGAAAGCUGAUCCACCUGGAGAUCAAGCCAGCCAUCCGGAACCAGAUCAUCCGUGAGCUGCAGGUGCUGCAUGAGUGUAACUCCCCGUACAUCGUGGGCUUCUAUGGGGCCUUCUACAGCGACGGCGAGAUCAGCAUCUGCAUGGAGCACAUGGACGGUGGCUCCCUGGACCAGGUGCUGAAAGAAGCCAAGAGAAUCCCCGAAGAGAUCCUGGGGAAGGUCAGCAUCGCGGUUCUGCGGGGCCUGGCGUAUCUCCGGGAGAAGCACCAGAUCAUGCACCGAGACGUGAAGCCAUCCAACAUCCUCGUCAACUCCCGAGGGGAGAUCAAGCUGUGCGACUUUGGGGUGAGCGGGCAGCUCAUCGACUCCAUGGCCAACUCCUUCGUGGGGACGCGGUCCUACAUGUCUCCGGAGCGGCUGCAAGGCACUCACUACUCGGUGCAGUCAGACAUCUGGAGCAUGGGCCUGUCCCUGGUGGAGCUGUCCAUUGGAAGGUACCCCAUCCCCCCGCCGGACGCCAAGGAGCUGGAGGCCAUAUUUGGCCGGCCUAUGGUCGACGGCGCGGAAGGAGAGCCUCACAGCAUCUCGCCGCGGCCAAGACCCCCCGGACGCCCCAUCAGCGGUCAUGGGAUGGACAGCCGGCCGGCCAUGGCAAUCUUUGAGCUGCUGGACUACAUCGUGAACGAGCCUCCUCCCAAGCUGCCCAACGGCAUCUUCACCCAGGACUUCCAGGAGUUUGUAAAUAAAUGCCUAAUUAAGAACCCAGCAGAGCGAGCAGAUCUGAAGAUGCUCAUGAACCACGCCUUCAUCAAGCGGUCCGAGGUGGAAGAAGUGGAUUUUGCCGGCUGGUUGUGUAAAACGCUGCGGCUGAACCAGCCCAGCACGCCCACGCGCACCGCCGUCUGAGGGUCCCACCACCCACAGGCCCGCUCCCCCUCCCGCCCCUCCCGCCGCACCCUCCGCGGGGAUGCGCGCGUGGCCCUCGGGCCCGGGGAGGCCGUCGCCGCUGUGCUGUCUUCUCAGAACCUGCUUCCUUAGGUUUAAAG